UUUUUUUAUCGGGUGAAAGUGCGAAUCUGCCCAAACAAAACGAAGUGAACACAAUUUUUGGAGCAAGACUUUCACUGGAAAAUCCAGGGAAAUUUCAAAUGAAAACUAGUGAUUAGCCCAAAAUGAUUGAAACAAUGAAAAUGUGAAAAUACGAAGGUGUUGAUAACAAAAAACGUUUGGAAAUUGGAACAGUAAUUUGCAAUAAGAUCGCCACAGACAACAAGACAAGCAAAAUGAGCGAGCUGGACACAAACAGUUCUCUUAACGACGACCCACCCAAAGCGGAUCGCAAUCCGGACCCGCUGGUGGUGGCCGCACCCAAACCCGAAGAAGUGGUGACCUUCAUCGACAACUUUGGAGCGCCGCUGCAGGAUCACGAGAUCGGCCCGGACGACGGGCUGUUUCGGGUGCGCUUCCGCGUGGUAAAGUUGCAGUUCCAGGGCCAACGCAUUGCCAAGGCGUACCGCACGUGGCAGGUUCGGGCCAACACACGGACCGAGCUGCUCGAGAAUCUGUGGCAGCUGGUGCAGCCGUACGUGCGGCGGGCCAUCGACUUUCCCGCCCAGAACGAGCCGUGCUGGUCGGAGAAGGAAGUUCCCGACCGGAUGGAUUUGUCGAGCUAUGUGCUGAUUCGGGACAACACCAGCAAGAGGAACGUGAAGUUGGAUCAGAUUGAGGACUUGCGGUGGCGGAAGUGGACGGUGCAGAGUAAUCUGAUGUUGAUUGUUUAUUUGCACGGUUCGGCGAUUCACUCGAGGGCCGCUUGGGAGCUGGCCGUGGACAGGGUGAUAAGGCCGGGGGCGGUGCCGAGGAUUCCGGCGCUGGUUGGGGAGGAGCUGAAGCUCGAUACGAUGAUUAAGCGCUUGAUGAGGGUGCACAAGGAUAAGCUGAUUCCGAAGGGUGAGGACGCUUUUGAACAGUGGGCCAAAUGGAUUAUUAAGGCACCAGUUAAGCACCACUCGAAUUUAUCGUUGAGCAUGCCGCCGGGGGAUUUGAUGAAGAACUUUGUCAAUGUUGAGCAAGCGAAUGGGCGGGAGAAAACGCCGGAACGUUCAAAGCGGGCGCGCAGAUUGAUUUCCGGUCCGGCACGGCGGGAGCACACUAGCGAUGGGUUCGGGUUUGAGGACGAGGUUAGGAUUUUGCGACAGACCGUGACGCAGAUUCGGGACUUGGUUGAGAUGCUGGAUCAUCGGGUUGGACUGCUGGAGGAAAAGUGCCACGGAUUCAAGCAGACCGUGCAAGGUGGACAGGCGGUGGCAGCACCACCGCCAGAGAAGAAGGCCCGCACGGAGGAGGUUGUGGUGGCAAAGGUUAAGGACAGUGAGUCAGAGGAGGAAGAGGACGAGGAGGAGGAGGAGGAGGAUAAUGCGGGCUUUGACGAUGAACCGUUGGUCAACGAGGAAGAACUAGAUGAUAGUGAUGGUGAGAGAGAUGGCAAGGAUUGGGUAAAUCCGGACCCGUUGCUGUUUAACGACUUGAUUGAAGUCAAGGAAGAAUCCUACGGUGAAUCUGAAUAAUCAGUGAAAUAAAUUACAAUUCUCGUUCAACCUC